AUGGAGUCCAGUAGCAAAAACACAGUGCAGCAGAGCGCUACGUACAUGAAGGGCGUCGCGUUGGUGACGGGUGCUGCAUCAGGCAUCGGACGCGCAAUCGCCCAUACCUUUGUCAAAGAAGGGUGUACUCGCCUCGUACUUGGGGAUGUAAACAUGAAGGGACUGGAAACAGUGGCAGAGGAGCUCAAGGCAUUGAACAUAUCAGUAAAGACUAUAACAGUACAUGUGGAUGUCUCAUCAGAAACCGAAGUUCAAGAGCUCAUUGAUCGCGGAGUUGAAGCAUUUGGUGGCAUCCACUACGCGGUAAACAACGUCGGCAUCACUAGCAACCCGCGAGCGCGGACCCAUGAAUUGGAAACAAGCUCUUUUGAUCCUUUGCUUGCUGUCAACUUGCGAGGCACUUGGUUGUGUCAAAGGGCUGAGAUUAGACAAAUGAUGAGCCAGGGCUGUGACCUACAGCCGCGGACCGGAGCCCCUCCUCAGCGUGGAGCCAUAGUAAAUGUCUCUUCCCUGUUUGCCUUGCUAUCACAUCCCACAUCGGGUGGCUAUUCAGCGACAAAGGCUGGUAUUCUCGGUAUGACUAAGACGGAUGCUAUAGCAUACGCAGUGGAUGGUAUUCGAGUUAACUGUGUGCUGCCGGGUUGGGUCAAGACUGCAACAACUGCGGAAUCCGAGCGUCGAGGUGCUAACUACGGGCCCAUCAUCAACACGAUUCCUGUCAAGCGCUGGGGUCAACCUGAAGAGAUCGCAGAAGCCUGCGUGUUUCUAGCAGGAGAAAAGGCCAGUUUGAUCACCGGGGCAGACUUGGUUGUCGAUGGAGGUAAACGGGUUGCAAGUUGGGUUGAUUAA